UAAUAAGAGCAAAGUGGAGGCAAUCUGACAAACAGGUCACCCAACUUGUUUGAAUCACGGCCACACUCAUGAUUCAGUCCUAAGUAAUCACCAGUCAUGAACACUACAAUUGUAUUCCUAGUGCUCGGCCUUGUUGUUCUGGCGUCGUGUGCGCCCAGAACAAAGGAAUCGGACAGCUUACACCUAGCCAGACGAUCCCCACAAUAUAUCAAGGAAAAUGUUCCUGGUAUAAAAGGAAAUUCCCGUCCACCACCAAAUAUAUCACUCCGAAAAGGUGAAUACAUGUGUGGAAAUAAAGUGUGUAAGCUUCGACCCGGAGAGAUUCCCAAAGGAUGUAAUGGAAUUUGUCAAUAUAGAGUUUAAAAAUAGUAAUGUUUUAGUCUUAAAUUAUAGUUAUUAUAAGGUCAGAUAAACAAAUUGAAGUCUUUCAAUUAUAUUUAAAAAAUUGUACAUGUACAUGCACGCUAUAUACUGUGUUGCCGUGUGGCAAGUAUAUAGCGUGCUGAACGAUUAAACAGUAUUACAUGAAUGAUUUUUCAUCUCAGAAAUGAAUGUAAGGCAAAACAGAGCAAUCUACCAAUAUAUGUACAAUGUUAUGCAACAUAUAUGUACAAUAUUUGAACAAAUUGUAAUUAAAACAAACAAAAAACAUGUCACGUAUAGAGCCGAAUAAACCUCAAAAUAAUAAAAUGUUAUAAAAAAAUUACCUACAUGUUAUGUACAAAAUUACAGUAA